AUGCAGUUUCACCAAAGCGCCUCAACUCUUAUCUCCUUGCUUCUUGUAUCGCAAGUCCAAGCCCAAAGCUCCAUUCAAAAUUUGACCCUCGGCUUUUCAGCCAACGAUGGAAAGGGGAACGUCACAUUCUCCACCAGUGAAGCGCCCUCGAGCGUGACUUGCUUCAACCUUGCCGAGAUCUUCGCCAGCAAUGCGAGUAACGAACAUCCGUACACCGUUUCCAAUACCCAAGACUUUAACCCACAAACAAACUACACGUCACUCUUCUACCAGCAACUCAAUGCGAGCAUCAAUGGAGAUUCGAGCGGUGUUGGCACUGGCAAAGACGCUGCUCGAGUUGUCGAGGUUUUCCCUGGAGAGGAUUGUCGUGAGUCGGAUGGUCUGUCAUGGUACGGAUUAAGCUGUCAAAAUGCCGGCGGCGAGACUUAUGUCGUCCCUGGUGGUGUCAAGAGUUUCUCAGUCGUGAGUAGAGCCGAUUCUGCCAAUCAAGGCCACUGCUGGAUUCUUGCGAAGCAGGGCGCAGCUUCGACAGUCUUCAAGGGUUGCUUUGCAGCAGUGAUGGCUGCUGCAUUCUCUGGACUGAUCUUGGCCAUGUGA